GCCAGAUCCGGCAACGGAUCUACCCAAAGAAGCCAGGGGGGCAAUUAGCUCCUGAUCCAGCGCCUCAGUCAUCAACACCCGGUGUUCUCCCCUGCCUUGGUGUGAGAUCCGACAUACCGGCCGAAGCCGAACGACAUUUCAAAGACGUCAUUCGAAUAAAGCCCCCCUUCAGUUGGCGACGAGUACCGGGCUCCGAAGGCCUGGCUGCAGGUCGGACUGUACACUGUACGCUUGUCCUCCCAGCCCACGCGGGGAAAUUGGCGAAAUAUAGACGUCAUGACGAAUUAUCACGGCUAUAUAAACAGAGGAGUCUAUCGUUCGCGUUCAGAAACUACAAUUUAGUCAAUUGAAAAGAAAGGAACACAAAAUAUCGACUACCAACACUAAUACCAAUCAACAUGAGCUAUCCUGAGAAGUUUCAAGGUUUCUGUGUGGCAGGCCCGAAAAGCUGGAACCAAUUCAAGAAAGAGACUCUUACGCCCAAGCCGUUUGGAGACCGCGACAUUGAUGUACAGAUUGAGUGCUGCGGUGUUUGCGGAUCCGAUGUACACACUAUCACCGGAGGCUGGGGCGAGUACGAGGGACCUCUGUGUGUCGGCCACGAGGUUGUCGGCAAGGCAGUCGCUGUCGGAAAGAGUGUAAAGGAGAUCAAGGUUGGCGACCGAGUGGGUGUGGGAGCCCAGGUAUGGGCAUGCUUGAAAUGCGACCAAUGCAAGAACGAGAAUGAGAAUUACUGCCCUCAUUUGGUCGACACGUAUAAUGCUACAUAUGAGGACGGCAGUCAAGCACACGGUGGCUUCGCCAGCCAUAUCCGCGCUCACGAGUAUUUCACGUUCAAGAUCCCUGAUGCGAUAAAAUCGGAAGAUGCUGCGCCUCUUAUGUGUGCUGGCCUGACGACGUAUUCGCCGUUGGCUCGUGGCGGCGUCGGCCCCGGCAAGACCGUUGCGAUUGUCGGGAUCGGUGGUCUCGGCCACCUCGGCAUCCAGUGGGCCAAGGCUCUCGGCGCGGAGGUGUACGCCAUCACUCACUCCCCCGACAAGGCUGAAGACUGCAAGAAACUCGGCGCCAAGGAAGCUAUCAAUAGCAACGACAAGGACUGGGCAAAGCCAUAUGCCUUCAAGUUCGACUUCAUGCUUAACUGCUCCGAUAUGACCAACGAGUUCGACCUCUCGACCUACUUGUCCACACUCAAGGUCGGCGGACACUUCCACAUGGUCGGUCUACCUGACAAGCCUCUGCCUCAGUUCCCCGCGGGUCUGUUCACCACCAACUCGGCGAAAAUGUCCGGUAGCCACAUUGGAAACAACCAGGAGAUGAAUGCUUUGCUGAAACUGGCUGCGGAAAAAGGAAUCGCACCGUGGGUCGAGACAAUCGACAUAUCCGAGCAGGGAUGUAAAGAAGCUGUUGAGCGGGUCAAAGAGAACAAGGUCCACUACCGGUUCACCUUAGUCGGACAUCAGAAGGCUUUUGGAACGGCGUAGAGGAUGAGGAUAAAUAGAAACUAAUUAUCUUGGGACGAUCAGCAUGUUUUCACGCAAAUGCUUAGGAAAUCCGGUCCUGCGCUUUGCCUGUGUUUGGUAUUUCUCUCAUCAGAUAUGUCUUAUCAAAUGCAUCGUCCACUGUUGAUGG